AUGAAUGACAAGUCUGCAGCUACACCUUCUAAGACAAACCAUAAGUUGGACUCUGAUUCUGAACAUGAUGAUGUAGAUGCUAGAAUUUUCAAACAGUUGGUUGGUUGUCUGAGAUAUUUGUGUAAUACUUGGCCUGAUAUUUACUAUGAAGUUGGAACAGUGAGUAGGUUUAUGAGUAAACCAAAGUUGUCACAUUACCAAGCUGUUGUCGGGAUUCUUAGGUACGUCAAGGGGACUCUGAAGUGUGGAGUUUUAUUCCCUUCGAGUGUUGAAUUUGAGUUAGAAUUGAUGUGCUAUUCAGACUCUGAUUGGUGUGGAGAUAGAGUUGACAGAAUAAGUACUUCUAGGUAUUUCUUUAAGUAUCUGGGAUGUCGUAUUUCUUGGUGCUCCAAGAAGCAACCAGUAGUUGCAUUGUCAACAUGUGAAGCUAAGUACAUUGCAGAUGCUUUGUCUGCUUAUCAAGUUGUAUGGAUUCUGUUCUUGCUAUAG